AUGCAUGCUGGUCUAGUUGGACUAGGAGCUAUUUUAGUACAGAAACAGGAUAAUGGAUGUUUCAAACCUGUGAUUUAUGCCAGUAGAUCUUUGACAGAUGUUGAACGUCGGUACUCCCAGACAGAAAAAGAGGCGCUUGCCGUUGUUUGGGCUUGUGAAAGGUUUAGAUUGUAUGUAUUAGGUAUUCAUUUUGAGUUAAUUAAUGAUCAUAAGCCACUGGAGGUAAUAUAUUCUCCCAAGUCAAAACCUCCUUUGCGUAUUGAAAGGUGGGCUCUAAGACUGCAGCCUUUUGAUUUCAAAGUGAAGUAUAAACCUGGGAGGGCUAAUGCAGCUGAUGCAUUGUCGAGACUGCCUUUAUCAGAUAUUCCUAAAAGUAAUGUAGCUGAAGAAUAUGCUUAUUUUAUUCCCAAAAGUGCAACACCAGUAGCCUUAACUACUAGGGAAAUUGAACAAGAGUCUGGUGUUGAUGUUGAGUUGAGUAAAGUCCGUCAGGCUGUCAGAACUGGUGAUUGGAAUGAGGUUCCAGAUUUUAAAUAUGUUAAAGAUGAAAUAUGUAUUUUUGGAUGUUUACUCUUAAGAGGUCAAAGCAUAAUACCUAAAUCUUUGAGAAGGCAAAUUCUUGAUUUAGCUCACGAAGGCCAUCAGGGAAUUGUAAAAUGUAAAAGUAGACUAAGACAGAAAGUGUGGUGGCCAGGAUUAGAUAAAGAGGUGGUAAGAUGCCUUGAUCAUUGGUUUACAUCUCAUGGUUUACCAGAGCUCAUUGUAACUGAUAAUGGUGUGCAGUUUACAUCUGCAGAGUUUAAAGAUUUUGUAUGGGUAAAUGGUAUUUGUCAUAGAAAAGUAACUCCGUAUUCCCCUCAAGCUAAUGGUGAAGUGGAAAGACAAAAUAGGUCUAUUAUGAAGGCUACUGAAACAAUUAGGGCUGAAAGGAACUAUUGGAGGAAAGAAUUAAAUACUUUUCUUGAAGCUUACAGAUCCACUCCACAGACUGUAACUAAUGUCAGUCUUGCUGAAAUCAUGUAUGGUAGGAAAAUUAGAACAAAAUUGUUCUAA